GUUCUUAGACCAAUCAGAGGAGAUUUCAAUUAGUACCUCUCCAUUGCACCUGGUAUACCUACAGAUGAACUUCUGCUGGCUGCAAACACCAAAACAAAUUCAGCUUCUCACUCUUUUAUUCUGAUUUACAUCGACUUGUCAAAUGGAAUCGCUAUCAAAAAUGGAUGAGUCUUUUCCGACACCUCCACCUUACUUCUUACCAGAUGAAAGUACCACAGGGCACGACGUGAGGAUCCAUCAUAUUCACUCGUCUUUCAGCCCUCCACCACCUCCCUGCUUCUCCUUUUCUCCUGGAGUUGGCUGCACCACCCAAAUUCACUCACCUCUCACAGUGUCUGCUCCCCCUCAGUCGACUCCCAGGCUGAAGUUUGUGAGCUAUGAAACAGAGCUGUAUCACUCUCCAGCUAUGACAGCCUGCCCCUCCUGUCAGGCUCAGGUCACCACGGAGGUCGCCUACAAAGUCGGGAGGCUCGCAUGGCUCAUGUGUCUCGUGUUUAUAUUAUGCGGGUUGGUGUUUGGAUGCUGCCUGAUUCCAUUUUUUGUGAACUAUUUCAAGGAUGCCUAUCACACUUGUCCUCGCUGCCAACGGGUCCUCCAUGUACACAGGAGGACAUGCUGUGAAUGAACACACACGAGAUUAGCUGCCAACAGGUUGAUGUGAUGCUUAUAUGUUUAUUUUUCCACCUUUAAAAUAAUUUAAAUUGCAGGAAAAUGCAUUUAAAACAAGUCAGUCAGGAUAACUUAAAAUAUAAAGAUUUAUGUUUAAUAUACAAGGAGAAGACGUGUUGGUUCCUGUCAUGUUGAAUGAGAUUUUUUUAACUACAUUUUAAUCAUGUUUUGUAACAAAAUCCUAUUAAAUAAAUGUUUUCUGUGGCACAUUUUCUCAAAU